GGGAGCUGAGAGCCCGUCACUGGUUAUCCGGUGUGAGCAUCUGUCAGUGAGUUACAGCACCUCCUACUCCUUCCCCUUGGAAACCAUGGUGUCGGGACGGAUGCUCAGGGCUGGACUCCUGCUGCUGCCACUUCUCUUCUGCUUUCGGCCAGAGACUGUUGGGAGCAUCAACCCGGCCGUGCUCAGAGAGACUGUGGAUCAUGUAGAUAAGGAUGGGUUGGCUGUUGAAUACGCCUUCGCCGUCAGCCUGCAGAAAGCCAGUUGUGAGAACCCAGCCGGUCUGGAACAGGUGCUGCGCAGGAACAAGCUGCGGGACAUGCUUGCGGCCAUUAACCCAGAGGGUGUCCUGUACGACCCAGACGAAGGGCCCAUUGUGGCUGCCCGGAUGCAGCGCCUGGGCAGGGCGGGGGAACACGCCGAGUGGCGCCUGCUCCAGGGCGACCGGAAAAGCCCCGUGCAGAAGCUCCUGGCCCGGACCUACAACGAGAGAAGCUGCCUGAUCUUCUUCACCAUCCUCUCGCCCUGUGCGGGGACGUGCCUGCUGGUGAAGAGGUCCCACAACAUCCUACGGAUGGUGAGUGACACCUUCCGCCCCAUCGACCACAACUACAAGGCCUUCGUCUUCCGGCAGAUCUACCGUCAGGACCGGGACCUGGAUCCCCAAAGCCUGCUGGAGGCCUGGCACCGGCUGCCCGACGUGCCCCUGCUGCGCUGUGACACCAAUGUCUGCAGGGACUGCAGAGGGAACGACCCCAACCCCGACCCCAACGCCUGCCUGGAUGAGAUUCGAGCCAUGAGGCAGCCGCUGCACCCACCUGGCAGGGGGCAGAAGGAAGAGCAGGGGGCAGAGGGGAGAGCAGAGGAUGUAGGGGAGAGCAGGGGGCACCUUUGGAGGGUUGGGGAGAUGAUGGGGCAGGGGGCACCAUUGGAGAGCUGGGGGGACAGCAGGGCAGAGGGCGACAUCGUAACAUUGGGGGGAUGGCAGGACAUUGAACGUCUUCGGAGGCGUUGGUGCCAUGGGUGGCAUGGGGGACCGUUUGAUGGGUUUCCCCAUCGGUGGCCUAGGUGGCCCCCUUGGAGGCGGGGGUAA